AUGCGUACAUUUUUAUUUUUAUUUUUAAUAACCGCGGGUACUGUCGUUUCAGUGUGGACAAUCGCGUCCGGCGUCGACCGGUGGAAACGUUGCAGCCGCGGCCCGUGCAAGUGCAGAACUGAAACGCAUUCGGUGAGCUGUUGGAGAAAGGACUUUGAAGAAAUCCCGUCCGGCCAGACCCUGCCGAUCGACGCGAACGCAAUGUAAAUAACGAUCGAAACGCACGGGCAACGCCGUCCGUUGCCCACGUUACUUUUCCAGACGUAUUUACGCGCCGGACACCGUUGUUAUCCAACGUUGUCCACCGCGACCGCCCGACGAUAUUCCCCUCCCCCUCGUUUCCCCCCCCCACCCCUUCCCCCGACGCCGCCGUACACACAAACGUGCGUGUAUGCGUCGCAUUGUCGAAUAAACGACCGAUUAUCACGCGAUUAAAUCCGAAUCCGAAAGACCGUCCGGUGGGCACGGGAUCCGCGCGUUUUCCGAAACGCGAGAGAGAACGUUUAAAAACGCAUUGCGUUUCGCCGGACGAUUAAAAAACGAUAUAUUAACCGAACUAGGCCGCCGUCGAAAUGUCGCGAACGAAAUGGAAAUUACUCUGCGCGACGGUUUUUUUCGCCCUCCCGACCAUCCCGGAGAGAUAAACAACAAUGGUGAUAAUUAGAAAAAAAAAAAAAAACACACAACCUAACAACGGUACAAAACGGAACGGUUUUUAUUAUUUUUUUUUUUUGUAGCAUUUCAGUGUAAUUGACGUGAUGCGUCAGACCGUUUCGUGCGAUCAUUCAAACGAUCGCGGUCACGUUAUAACAUGCUAAAUGUGUACGCAUAACGAGACAAUUAUUAUUAUUAUUCCGCGCGAUUUAAAAAAAAAAAAAAAAAAUAAAAAAAAAUCGUAUCUCGUUUAGACCGAACACUUCACACACACACACACACACACACACCUCGGUCCGCAUACCUGUAUUGUUCGAAAAUAAAUAAUAACGAUUGAGAAAUGUUUAUUUGUGAUUAGAAGUAGUUUCUAUUGACCUCUUUUAUUCUAUUCGGUUCGAUUUUUUUUUUUUUUUUUUUUUUUUUUUUUUUCGUAUCGUUUACCGCGUUCGGUAUUUAUUUAUUUAUUUAAAACCAUCCGGUUUGUGUGCACGGAGUCCGUAACGACACGCGCGAAUAAUAAUUAUAAUAAAACCGUUAUAUUUGUCGUUGUACGCCGCGGUGUUGCGUAACACGCGAAAAUGUGUAACGCCUGUUGCGAUUGAAAUUCGGGUCCCGAUAAAAAAAAAAAAAAAAAAAAGCCCGCGGAAAUCCGAAAAGCGAAAUUCUCGAAUUUCCACGGAAUCGCGGUGUUUACCGAUAAUGCCCGGGCAGUCGAGUAGUACGAUUCGACCGUUUCGUUUUCCGGAUUCACGCGCCGUUCGGAUUUCGAUAGAUCCGUAAAACCCGUAGUGACCGACCGCGGACGCGCGCGGGCCCGAGACUUUCGCAUUCCAUAGUCGCGCCCUUCGGCUUUGCGCGGUACGGAUUUCGGCGUCCGCGAAACCCCGGGUUCCGGAUUUGUACAUUCCGCGUUUUUACUGCGCGCUCUCUCGACCUCGACGUGACGGAGUUUUCGGAUUAGUUAAUCGAUUCGCAAUAAUUUUUUUAGAUAUUACUGUUGAAAAGCCGAACGUAAUCAAUGUACGUAAAUAAAAUAUACAAUUAUUCGGUUCAUCAACGAACUGAAGAGAGAAAAACAGCGGUUAAAAAAAAUAAAAAAAAAAAAUGAAAUUCUAAUACUUAUAUACUCAAUAUGUGUCGUUUCGGGUUUUUUUUUUUUUUAUUAUACCCAUCAAACAAACGGAGAUUACUAUUUAUUUUGUACAUUACAUAAUUUUUGUUAUACAUUUUUUUUUUUUUUUUUUUUUUUUCUUAAAGAGUCCUAUAGUACCUACCGUAUAUUAAUAACGAUUUUUCGUAUCGUGCGAUGAGUAAAAAAAAAAAUAAAUAUCGUUUCGCCUACCAAUAUUUCUUAUCUUCGUUUAUAUUUUUAUUUUACACAGCGACUUGAGCACCAACCGAAUCAUGUCUUUGCACAAAGAUACAUUUAAGGACUUGACAAAUUUAACAGAACUGUGAGUGCAUUUUUUUUUUUUUUUUUUUUUUAUUAUUAUUAUCAUUGUUCGCCUAUACGUGUUAUACGGCUGACCCAUACGCUAACCAACUUACUUGCGUGUAAAUUACAGGGAUCUAACGGACAACGACAUCGACUACAUACCCACGUCGAUUUUCAACACGCUAGAGAAUCUUACGAAAUUGUAAUACGAAUUAAACAUUUUCUUUUAUAUCUGAUCAUAAAGAACAAAAUAUUUAUCGCUGUGUGUUUUUUCUUUCCCCGACGCAGGCGAUUUCACAGGAACCAUUUAAUAGAAGUGUCGUUGUUGUUCAAAAAGAAUUCGAAAAUGCAAAUAUUGUAAGUAUUAUCGAUAUGUGUCAUUACUGAAUGGUCGAACGCGCGUACCGUACCGAGAUCAUCACUCGUUCGGAACGUGUCGCGAUAACAUUGCCGUCUAAACGGCGCACGCUUAUUUCGAAUCGUAAAACUACCAAUAAAUAUAUCGGAACGCGAAUAUUGUCGCCGUCGAAUGAAGAAUGUUCGUUUUAGAACGUUCGUUACGGUUCGAAAUAAAUAUAUUUACCACCGGAAAACUUUUGCGGCAUUUCGAAACGCCGUUAGGAGUCGUUCGCCGCGAUUCGGCCCGGGCACGUAAACGGUACUUUUCGACGGGCGUUUCGCGAACGGAGGGGGGGGCGGGGAUGACGUUUCUAACGGGAACAUUUUCGUGUACGGCGGAACCCGUACACGCGUACGCCGUAUUAUACGCACGCGUUGUUAUCCGAUAAAUCACAGACCGAUUUUGACGGAUAAUCAAUCGGUUCGUCGCCUCGUAACGCGUUAACGAUGUGUGCCCGCGAUUGCGCGCGUUAAAUUAUUUCAAGGCGAUAUUUACACGAUCCGAACGAUACACGGGCGUACGUUAUCGUGUUCGCGCGUUGGAGACGAGACGUCGCAGGAUGCGUUACACGCGGAAAGAUUUGCAUUCGAAUCCGGGAGAACCGUACCGGCGCACGCGUAUCCGCACGUACGUCUGCACACUCGUGGACCGGCGUUUCACAGACUGCGGGUCGCGACCGCCGGGCCGCCGACGACCCGAGGGAAUUUUCGAACGGCGGGCCGCGAAAAUCGUUCUGGACGAUACGGAUUUCGAGAAAUUUAUGUUUUUCCAGAUUCUGAGCGGGGGAACGCGUCGGUUUUAUAAUGUUGUUUUUUUUUUCUCUCCGUAAACGGCUUUUCCACCGGCAAUUUCGCUCCGGUGUCCGGGGUCGAGCGCUUUUUCCGAAAGGACGUCUGACCGGGGUGAUAACUUUAAAACGAGGCGGUCUUAACGUUUUCCCGGCCGUUCGCAUGAAUUACUCUUGGAAAAGCGAAACCGCGCGUGUAGCGAUCGAUUAUUCGGGAGGAGGGGGGAAAUCCGGGUCCGCAGUCCUAAAAAAAAAAAAAAUAAAAAAAAAAUGUUUAGAACCGCCGUUACAGGCUAGGCUAGGGGGGGGGGAAAUGUACGCGGAUGCGUCGUGCGCGCGGUUAACAAUCGAUAACGCGCCGUAGCGGUUUUCUUUUGCGAACACGCGCGGGGCGCGACGUUUCGCCUGGUCCGCGUUGAAAUGUCGUUCGGCCUGCCGCAAAACGUUUCGGUUGCGCGAACAAUGUUGACGCGCGCGCGGCCGUCGGCGCGACGCCGAACUCGAUCGUUUCAAACGUGUGCACGGCGCAAAUGUCUGCGUGCGACGCCGCACGCGCGAAACGGCACCUAACUGGGCCGCACUCAACUCGCGCGGCCGUCAAUGCGGUUUCCGCUGUCGUUUUGCGAUUGCCACCGGGACGCGCGGCGGCCGGCCGACAAUACCCGGUCCGCGGGGUGUGUGUGUGUGUGACCGCGACGCCGCCGUUUCAACAUUGGAACGUUGCGCUGCAACAUGCCCGCGCCAUCCCGCGCGAUGAUAGCGCGCGCGUCGGCGGUCCGUAAUGGAACAGUGGGCCACUGUUUUAGGUGAAAAGUUGGGAAGGCGGAGGGGAAAUUGAAUGUAUAUCUGUACUCGGCGAUUAGUAAUCGCUAACGAAAAACGAUUCUGAGCAGAGUUCAAUUAAAAGUGUUGAUUUGUCAACAAUCUAAUAUAUUAUAUGUUGCAUUAUGAUAAAAUAAUCGCAUAUGCAUUAUAUAUUUUCUUUAAUAAUAUUUGUUUAAUAUUGUUUCUAUUUUCCCAUUUUCUCCGUGUUUUUUUCUAUUUAUUACGAAAACUCAUGGAAAAAUAAAAAAAAAAUGGCCCGUUUAAAGUACCACCCUAGUCAGAUUUCCUUUCGAAUAAAAUUGCUAAUAGAAAAGUUGAUUACAGAAAAAAAAUAAACAUCAUUGUAAAAAAAAUCAUUUUAAAAAUUAAAGGUUGAAACAAUUUAUAAUUAUAAUUGAUUGUUACAGAACUGGAUAAGAGGAAAAAUGGAAUUUAUAAUUUGACUUAAGGGCUCCGUCAAAAAAUUAGGCCAGAACCCCGUAAUUCUUAAGUAGGGCUUUGCAUUUAAUCUUGAAAUGUGUACAUUUCAGUCGAUUCACAAGGGAUAGCUCGAUUAAUUGAUUACAUAUUACCUACGUGGCUUUUUUUUUCGAUUCGGCUUUUGAAUUCUCGCAGUCGAGUUGGGCGGAGAAGAAUAUUUUAACGAUUUAUUCUUGAUUAUUUGCUACGUCUCGUUGAAAUUCCUGGGCAUACCACUGUAUUCGAGGAUAUUUUAAUUGGUUUUUUUUAGCCUAUCAACUCGUAUACUGGUUACCGUACUUGUCAUAGUAAUAAUCGUUCGCGAAUCUAUGCACAUUUUUCCGCCUACUCGAUACCGACAUUACCUCUUUUCGAAAGUAUAAUUUAUUGAGACCCUUUUUGAAGGCAAAAUUAUAUUUGUAUUUAUGUUUUACGCGUCCUGAGAGUUGCUCAACCAUUUGGAUUAUAAAAUUAUUAUUAUUGUUCACGGUAAUCGACUUUUGAAAAGAGGCUUAACCCGUCGCCAAAUUGGCAGAAAAAGUUCGGACAUUUUCAAGAUAGAAGGCUCAAAUUAUUACUAUACUUACUAUACUAUCAAUAGUUCCUUAAACACUUUUUAUCUUAUUAUUUUUGAUAGUAACGAUUGAAAAAAAAAAAGAAAGAAUAUUGGCUAUGUCGUAUGCAAUUAUCGAUGCAGUAUGGUAUAUUAAUUAAUUAAAUGUAUUCAGCUUAAUAUUAAUUAAAUAAAUCGGUUUUUAUUUUAAACGUUAUGAUAAAUUCUAAUAUUAAAACAUUAUUAAAAAUAUCUAAUCGCUAUAAUAAAAUAUUAAUUCAACUGUACAGUACAAAUGUAUAUUUUCGGUUUUAUAAUUAUUAUAUAUUUUUUUUUUUUUUUAUUACGUUAACAUACUGCUCCAGUUACGAGAAUACAACAUGAUAAUAUAUUAAUAAUAUUAUAGCGUUACGGUACAACGAAAAAUCUACAAAUAAGAUAUUAGGAAAAAAAGUAUGAUGAAAAAAGAGAACGAACGAGUGGAGAAAGGUCGAUUUACGUUUUUAAACCAGUUCUAUGGAUGUUUAGAUAUCGUUAUAUAAUUCAUUUUUUGCAUAAUUCGUUUAAUCUAAAACUGAAUAUUAAUUGUAUACAUGUAUUAAAAAAUCCCGUAAUAAAGCGCGGGCCGUGUUAAAGGGUGCCAAGUGUAACUGUAGUUUAACGCUGCACCGAUAAAAAUGUAUAUUUAUUUACUAUGGUCAAUUUAAUCUUUCAUCAAAUUAAACUGCAAUUUUCAUUCUCUUUUAUCUGAAUAUAAAAUAUAAAAUAAAAUGUUUGUCUAACAAAACGCGUUAGUUUAGUAAACAAAUUAGUUAACAAUAAUAAUUGUUUUAAAUAUGAUAAUACACUUGGUAGGAAAAAUGCCUGUAAUUUUCUUAAUAUCUGUGCAUUGUCUUUAUUACAAUAAUAUUUUCGUUUUAUGACAAAAUACAACGGAUAUUUUUCUAUUGACGAAACGUUUGUACAAAUCGGCGAUAGUUAAUUAUAAAUUACUUUGCCAGUUUUUUUUUUUUUUUUUACACUCCUUAUUUUUAUAUUAAUUUGACAUCAAUGUUGACAUAACAGUAUAAUAUGUAUUCACGCGUUUCUAUUUAAAACAUUAUAUUUCAAAUGAAAAAUGAUUGCUUAACCUACACGCUUGUAUUUGAUAUUAACUGUAGAGACAUGUCGAUGAACCAUAUUAAACGGUUGCCGGAAACGUUAUUCCAAUCGACGAAAAACUUGUUGUUGAUACAUUUAUACGACAAUAAGAUAGAAAUUUUACCGAAAUCAAUUUUCAAAGGUCUAGAUCGGCUAGAAGAUCUUGACUUGUCGUCUAAUUCACUAUUAGAGAUAUCUUCUGAUUUAUUCAAAGGCGUGGUGUCCUUAAAGAGACUAAAGUUACAAGAAAAUCAAUUACAACAACUUCCAUUGGGUACUGCACGAAGCUACGAUUAAUCUUCUUCAAAUGCACUUAUAAUAUGCGAAUUUCCGUAGGUGUCUUUGACGACGUUGAGUACUUGGAAGUUUUGUCCUUGAGGAACAAUCGCAUAUCAUUCAUUCGCCCGGGUCUAUUCAACAACAUGCGUCGAUUGGUGUACUUGGAUCUGACUAAAAACUGGAUAUCUUUGGUGAGUGACGACUGUAAUAUAAUCAACAUUUUUGGUAAACUAUAUCGUUAUGUCCAUAAUGUUAUUCGUGUCAUAGUUGAACGGUAACGAGUUCAUUGACUUAGUGGCUUUGAACGAACUUCAUCUCGGUCAAAAUUACUUGGAUUUCAUACCGGAACGAACAUUUAAAAACUUGGCCUCACUCGAAAAACUUUAUCUUUUCUCGAAUAACAUCCAACAGUUGGACAUCGACAGUUUUUACGGUUUGAAAAAUCUGACCUCUUUGUUUCUCAACAAUAACGUGUUAAAAAUUAUCGACGACAAACUCUUCGAACCGUUGAGGAAACUCAGAAAAUUGUAAGCGUUUUCAUAUAAUCUAGGUAUAUAAUAUUCAGACUAUUGUCUGAUCAUCUGUAUAGUUUAUUGCGUAAUUAAUAUAUAUUUCAAUCGCAUCAUAUUCUAUAUAUUAUCAUAUAUAAAUACAUAUAUGUGCAUCAUUUUUACCUUACAUUAUUUACGAUUGGGCACUUUAAAAAAAAAAAAAAUUAUUAUUAUUAAAGGACAAAGUAAAACAGUUAACAAGUAGAAACCAACAGGUAUUGUGCACUUUGUUUUGAUCGAUAUUCGAUGCAGAAUAUUAUAGUGGCUGUAUUUGUUCAUUUGUUAUUCUCUCGAACUUUGAAGUGCAGUAAUAACUAUAAUUGUAUUUUCUUGUAAAAUUGCCUGAAUUCAGACGGUAAUAAUAAACGAUAACAACUGAUAAUCAACAAAAGAAAAUAAUGCACUCAGACAACAAUCGAUUGCAAUAGUUUUUGAAUGAAAUGUAUGCAAUUAUCUUAAUAUACUCUAAAAUGUACUUAGUUUUAUACUUAACAGGUAUUAUACACUAAACAUUCCAUUGUGAUAAAAUUUUAGAUUCUGAGCAAAGCGAGGGAUAUAUCGGUUUUACAAAGAUGUACAUUUUUAUUUUCAUUUUUCUGUGAACAACUUUUCUACCAGAAAUUUUGCUCCGAUUUUCAAGUGUAGCAGUUUUUCUGAAAGAAAAUCUAACUGGGGUGGUACAUUAAAGAGUUUAUUCCUUUAAUUUUUCCUGGGGUUGUCAUAUUAAAUGGAAACAACGGGAAAACGCACGAAAUGCAUUAUUUACAAACCGCAUUGCACCUAUAUUGCGUAUAUUGCGGCCUUUCAAAACGUGUGUAAUUUAAUUCGGCUCAGAAUCGUUUUUUGUUAGCAAUGGUUUAAUCGCCAAGUACAUAUAUGCAUUAAAUUCUUUCGAACUUCUCAACUUUUCACCUACAACAGUGGCCCCACCCAUCGUGCGAUAUAUGUCCGUUUGGUUUUAUAAUUUGAUUUUUUAUGCUAGAUACUAUAUGAUUAGUAUUUAAAUGUUUGUUACAUUUGGAUAAAUAUAAAUGAAUUUUAUUUUUAUUUUGCAGACACAUUGACAGUAAUAAGUUUCAGUUUCUACCUACCGACUGUUUCGAUAACCUACCUAAUUUGAUAUCUUUAAAGCUAUCCAAGAAUCCGUGGCAUUGCGAUUGCGCCAUAUUAUACUUGGCUAGGUAAUUAUGAACAUCCACGACUUCUUUUCAGUCGUAUAAUAUUAUCAUUAUUAUUAUUAUUAUUAUUAUGGUUUUUGAUAUAAUUAAAAAUUACAUAAAAUAUAAUGGAUGUUGCAGUGUAAUAAGGAAACGUUAUUAUCGGUAUAGGUUUAUUAUUGAUUUAUGGUCAUUUCGGUUGUAGAGCUGUGUUCUUAGCACAGUAACGCAUAUAGGUAUUCGAGUAAAUAAAGACAACAAGUAAGUAGAAAUUAGCUGGAAAAAUUGUUAGAUAUUUAACUCGAGUGAUACAUUUUUAUAUAGGAAAAAAUCGUUUUUAUUUUUUUAAAACCUAGUUUCGGCACACUUUAAUCAAUUUUCUAUACCACAUUACAUUAUGUAGAAAAUGAUAUCAAAAAAAAAAAAAAUAAUUGCGGUUUUUAUUUUCGUACAAUUAUAUAUUGUUAAUAAUAUUAUUGUCCAAUUUAAAGCGGGCAUAAGACAUUUGAACUCGUUUAGUUUUGAGAUUAUAACGCAUUCUCCGACUAACAUGUCAUGAAAAAAAAAAUAUUUAUUACAUACGGUUUUCAUUUUGGCCGCAGUACACUAUUAAUAACCCGAGUCAGGUGGUGGUUUCCGACUCGCGGUGUAUCGGAUCAAUACAUCCGAAACACGAUGUUCGAACACUGCAACAGCGCUCCUGUUUUAAUAUUAUAAUAUUUUAGUAUUAUAAAACUUUUAAAACGUUAUUUUUAAUAUCCUAUCGGUGUUUUUUGUAUUAUUAUUUACGAUAUCUGACAGAUGGCUGCGAGCGAACAGACCGAAAGUGUGGGACUCCAAUCCGACGUGCAGAGGUCCCAGGGAUCUGGGAGGGAAGCCCGUCGAAGACAUGACCUUCGAGGACCUGUGUGACGGCCAAUGGGCGAGCAUGGUGAAACUGACCCCUCGGGUGCCCAUUCGAUGACAAGAACAAGAAAAAAAAUUGCCUUUAUCGUCAUAUACAAACAAUAUCGCAGCGUAGGAAACCGAUUGAUUUUUAUGGUUUUUUUAUUAUCCGCACUCGAAUACAAUUUUAUUUUAUGCGUGUAUAAUAUGCAUAUAAUAAUAUAAAUAUAUACGUG